UUUCAAAUCAGAUGAAUUGGAUUUGUUGAAAUUGCCUUGGAUUUGUUUGUUUAAAAGUCUCUGCGUGUUGAUGAAAGUUGAAAUUGCCUUUCAAUAGUUGUUGGUCACGGUCAGUCAGUCGGGAGGAGCCAUGAACGAUUUGCUUCGGUGAGAUAAGAAGCAGCUCAAGAAAUAUUUUCAGAGUUCUGAGUGUUUGGGUUCAGAUAUUUUGUGGCAACUUGACUUGAGAGGAUGGAAUUGGUUGGAACUUGGAUUAUUGGAGGAGGCUCUUGUUCUUCUACCAAUUUUUCAACUGACUUACGCCCUCUUUAAGAGUUAGGAUUCGUUUCAGAGUUGUGUUGGUACUUCCAAAAUCAAGUUGCGAAUUUUAGCACAAGGUCGAUCAGUUCAUCCACUCUGGUCACGUGCUUUUGAUUCAGUGAAAAUUUGAUACUGAAUUCACUCGUCCGAUUAUAAUAGCCACCCAGUCAGUCAGUCAGUCAUGUUUUAAAAUCUAAAAUGGAUGUUUGUGUUGUUGCCAAAAUCACACCCUGUCUGUCCUUAUUUUCCAGAUGGUCAGUCAGUCAGGGCUCUAGGUACAAGACUGUCCGGUCCCUGAUCCAUCUCUGCGAUUGAAUGGUAUUCUGUAAUAAAAAUUGAUGAUGGAUAAGAAAGAGAAAAAGUUCCUUACAGUUGCCCCCUUUGAGUGUGCUUGGCGAAAGGAUUUAAAAUUCCGGGAAUCCGGCCGGGGUUGCGUGGCUUUUGAAGCGUUUGCUCACAAUGAUGUAACACUGGUGUUUCGGGAGAAUGUAGGAAGCCAGCACUAUCAUUACAAAAGAGAUAAUAGUCCUCACUAUACUGUUAUACUGGGCAGUCAUAGGAAUAGGCGGUUGAAAAUUGAGGUAGAUGGGAAUACUGUGGUGGAUGUGGAGGGUGUUGGUCUUUGUUCUUCUUCUGCGUUUCAGAGCUACUGGAUCAGCAUCUGUGAUGGUUUGAUCAGUAUUGGUAAGGGAAAAUACCCUUUUCAGAAUCUAGUCUUUCAGUGGCUAGAUUCGCAUCCAAAUUGUGCUGUUCGUUAUAUCGGGCUUAGUAGCUGGGAUAAACAUGUUGGUUAUAGGAAUGUCAGUGUAUUGCCAUUAACUCGCAACCAUAUAUCCUUGUGGAAGCAUGUGGACUGUGGCGAGUACAUAUGUGAGGAUGAUGAUGAAGAGGAGCUGGAGGAUGAACGAACGGCUUAUGAGAAAUGGGGGAUUGAAGAUUUUCUUGAAAAUUGGGAGUUAUCUGAUGUUCUUUUCAUCGUUGGUACUGAAGAAAGGCCUGUACCAGCUCACAAGUCUAUUUUGGUAGCAUCUGGUAAUUUCCCAUUGACUUCUUCAGAAGAUAUUCUCCGCCUGAAGGGGGUAGCUUAUCCGGUUCUACAUGCACUACUUCAAUAUAUUUACACAGGCCGAACACAGAUUCCAGAACCACAACUUGGUUCCUUGAGGGCUCUAGGCUUACAAUUUGAAGUGAUUCCACUAGUGAAGCAAUGCGAGGAAGCCAGGGAACGGUGGAAACUAAAUAAAAAGUUGUUUGACUUUGGAAAAAGUGUGGAAUUGUCAUAUCCAUACACUCGACCGAAUUGUUGCACAGCCUUCCCAUUUGGAGUUCCCGUUGAUAUACCGCGGCUGAAACAAUUGUAUUUAACAAGAAAGUACAGUGAUGUAAAUAUCUACAUUGAGGGUCAUGGCCUUAUUGCCCGAUCACAUAAAAUUAUUCUUAGUUUAUGGAGUCUCCCGUUCACAAAGAUGUUUACAAAUGGAAUGAGUGAAACAAUAUCCCCGGAAGUUAUUUUAAGAGACAUAUCACCUGAAGCAUUCAAAGGUUUGCUUGAGUUCAUGUAUAGUGGGGAACUCAGUUUAGAAGCUACUGUUGAUUCUGGUGCCUUAUUACUCCAACUCUUUCUGUUGGCCGAUCAAUUCGGAGUUACUCUCCUUCAUCAGGAAUGCUGCAAAAAACUUUUAGAAUACCUCUCAGAGGACUCAGUGUGUCUGGUCCUUCAAGUAGUUUCGUCGAUUCCAUCAUGCAAACUUAUUCAAGAAACUUGUGAGAUGAACUUUUCGAUGCACUUUGACUACUGUACAACCGCAAGCGUUGACUUCGUUUUGUUAGAUGAGACAACCUUUCGCAAUAUCAUUCAGCAUCCAGAUUUGACUGUAACAUCUGAAGAAAAGGUUCUCAAUGCAAUCUUAAUGUGGGGUGUGAAAGCAAAGGAAGAGUAUGGGUGGGAGAUGAUAGAUGAAAUGAUGAUACACUGCACCCCGGAACUUCUUUUUGGGGAUAGGCUGCAGACAGUUAAUCACCUUCUGUCCUUUGUUCGAUUUCGGUUGCUACCCUUGCCCUUGCUUGAGAAGUUGGGGAAGAGCAACAUUGCCAGGCAUAGUUCUACUUUCAGUAAUCUUGUCAUGGAGGCCAUCAAUUGUAUCAAGCAUGGACUGGCAAGGCCAGAAAAUGAGCAUAAUCUCAGAAUCCAACAUAGACGAUCUAGUUAUAAGGAACUCCAGUACAUAUGCGACGGGGACAGCAAUGGAGUUCUGUACUUUGCAGGGACGUCAUAUGGGGAACAUCAAUGGGUUAAUCCUGUUCUGGCUAAAAGAAUUACUAUUACAGCAAGCAGUCCCCCUUCCAGGUUCACUGAUCCCAAGGCUUUGGUCUCAAGAACUUACAGGGGAACAUCUUUUGCUGGGCCACAGAUAGAAGAUGGACACAAAAGCACGUGGUGGACAGUUGAUAUUGGUGCAGAUCAUCAGCUUAUUUGCAAUAACUACACCUUGAGGCAAGAUGGGUCCAGGGCCUACAUGAGAUAUUGGAAUUUCCAGGGAUCUCUGGAUGGGAAGACAUGGACAAAUCUGAGAGUGCACGAGAAUGACCAAACCAUAUGCAAACCUGGGCAGUUUGCAUCAUGGCCCGUUAUUGGACAGAACGCUCUUCUUCCGUUCAGAUUCUUUAGGGUUGUUCUGACAGGUCCUACAGCAGAUGCUUCCAACCCUUGGAAUUUCUGCAUUUGCUUUUUAGAACUAUAUGGUUACUUCCACUAAUUUUUAAUAUUAUGUGUGGUGUUUCCUCAAUUUCUGUAAAUUUCUUCGACCAGCUUUAUGUCAUGCAUAUGUAUCCAUUAUCCAUGUGUAUGUUACUUAAAACUGUUGGAAUAAAAAUGGCAAGGGAGGAAAACCCUUCUUUUCUUUCA